CCAGCUGGCGUCCACCCACUCGCAGCCCCACACUGGCCCCCAGCCCAAGCCAGGGUGGCCAUAGGCAUGUGCCGCCAGAAGCCCCACAGUCCUUGCUCUCCCAGCCUGACUGCGGGCCCCCCGCCCCCAAUCCUGGGCAGCCCUACCCCGACAGCUGCAGGGCCAGCAGGUCUGAGCACUGUCCUGGGCGCCCUGGAGUCUCACUAAGGGUCCUAUACUUCACUCACCCUGCACCCACCCAGUGCUCAGGCAAGAGAGGGUGGGACUUGGCCCUGCCUAUCUGUCUUUCUGCAUGGGGACAGGACAGGCCCCGUGAGGGACUGCCCAGUGAGGGGAGGCAGCUAGAGGGAGGUGAUGGGUCAGCUUCCACUCGGGCCUUGCCCAGAAGCACCCCGGAGGCUGUCUGCCCCACUGGGCCUGCCCACCUCUGGUCUGGGAAGGCAUGGGCCAGGGCGGCUGGAGUUUCACUUCUGUUUUGGGGGGCUAAGUCACAUGAGGUCUUCUCGCUGUCCCCACCCUUCCUCUCCCCCAGUGUCUCAGCAAGUAUUUUUUUGUUCGCCCAACUUGGACUUUGGAAAGAACAUGGAACCUCAUCUGGAGAGAAACGGGAAGGAGCAGGGCCCUGUGUGUCCCCUCGGCCCCCACCCCCAGUUUGGGCGAGGGCAGGGUGGGGGUGGGCGAGGCGGUGUGACCCCGGGCAGUCCCUCGGCUUCUCUUCUCGCAGCCUCAGUGUUCUUCUACAGCUUGGGGUGUCAGUCCCCACUUCGUGUGGUGGUUAGGAGGAAGACACAGAAAACCACAGAGCAGAUGGCUGAGCUGUGGUGGAUGCUUCUGGGAGCCACACCCCCUCCCUGAAGUCACUGCUGACUGACACCCUGACAAACAGCUCUGCAGGGCGCGGUGCUGUCUCCUCCCCACAUUGUCUCCUUUAGGUGCUGCAACCAUGAAUCCCAUGCAUCCAUAACGGGGUGAUCGCCGUCUUCCAGCGCAAGGGGCUGCCUGACCAGGAGCUUUUCAGCCUCAACGAAGGCGUCCGGCAGCUGCUGAAGACGGAGCUGGGGUCCUUCUUCACAGAGUAUCUGCAGAACCAGCUGCUGACGAAAGGCAUGGUGAUCCUAAGGGACAAGAUCCGCUUCUACGAGGGACAGAAGCUGCUAGACUCGCUGGCAGAGACGUGGGAUUUCUUCUUCAGCGACGUGCUGCCCACACUGCAGGCUAUCUUCUACCCAGUGCAGGGCAAGGAGCCGUCGGUUCGCCAGCUGGCCCUGCUGCACUUCCGGAAUACCAUCACCCUCAGUGUGAAGCUGGAGGACGCGCUGGCCCGCACCCACGCCCGCGUGCCUCCCGCCAUCGUGCAGAUGCUGCUGAUACUACAGGGCGUGCAUGAGUCCCGCGGCGUGACCAAGGACUACCUACGCCUGGAGAUGCUGAUCCAGAAGGUGGUGUCACCCUACCUGGGCACCUACGGCCUCUACUCCAGUGAGGGCCCCUUCACACACUCCUGCAUCCUGGAGAAGCACCUCCUGCGCCGCUCCCGCUCGGGGGACAUCCUGGCCAAGACCCCGGUGGUACGUUCCAAAAGCUACAACACACCGCUGCUGAACCCCGUGGUGGAGCACGAGGCUGAGGGCACAGCGGCCGGGGGCACGGGCAUCCGCAGACACUCCGUCUCCGAGAUGACAUCCUGUCCCGAUCCCCAAGGCUUCAGCGACGUGUCCAGCCAGGGCCCCACGGGGGACUUCAGAGCCUCCCCAGGCCCCCAGUCGGGGCCCUGCCCCAGCAGACUGUACCCCCCCACACAGCCCCUGGAGCCUGGCCCAGGCCUGGCCCACAGCUCUCCGCCCUCCUCCAGUCCCGAGAACCUAGUGGACCAGAUCCUGGAAUCUGUGGACUCGGAUUCCGAAGGCAUCUUCAUUGACUUUGGCCGUCGUGGUGGCUCUGGUGCCUCGGAGUCUGAGGGAGUCGGGGGCCGGCAGAGCAUCAUCUGAGGGCCUCACGUUUGGACUGAGCCCGCGUGUGUGCUGUGCCUAUGUGCUGUGUGCGUGUGAACGAGCGAGCGAGAGGUUUUUACUCUGUCCCGUCCCCGGUCAGCCUGGGCCACUUUGGCAUUGCCCUCUUCGUUGGAAAAACCAUCAAUGCCCCGGUCCAGCACCGCUCCAUUCUGGGGUGUCUGUGCUGGAGGUGUCACCUGCCUCACGAGGCCACCAGGUGCACUGGUCAACCUCCUGUGCGUGAAACGGGCAUCGCCACUCCCUCCACCGCCCCAGCCUGCCCCAACCCUCCCACAUCUGCACCCACAGAGACUGUGAAUGUGGUGGCAUGGCCAGGUCCCCAGAAUGACCCCCAGAGCCACAGGGGUUGGUAGCAGACCUGCCUGCCCCGUCCCCAGUCACCUCAGGCCAUAGUUUGUCCUGCAGGUGACUCCUCUGAACAGCCUGCCUUCCCUCUGCUAGGGGUGGUCCUGGGCACAAAGGAGGUGGAAUAAAACUUGUCUGCCCUGUUCCCGA